UGGUCAGAAGGAUCAGAGAGUGCACAAGUGAGGCGAGAGGAUUCCCUCUUUCACCGUCCAUAAACUACAGGGUCACAUUUAGCUUUCAACGACGGGGUUACAUUUUUAUUACACAUUUACACAUGUUUCAAUAUGUUGUUUAAGGUUAUAGGAAGAUUUUGAUACUGCUACAACAUUUAGAAAUGUCUUCAAUUAGGUGACAAAUGCUUCCUUUUUUGUGCAUGUGUCGCAGCUACAGGAUGGAUGGGCCGAAGGAACCAUUAUUGAAAUUAUCGCGAGAUGUAACCCGAAAUCUACCCGUAACCUCGCGAGAGUUCGUCCCCCCCGGCCCAUCCAACCUUAAACAGAGUCUGCAGUUACUCCUAUCGUGUCCGGGGAGUACAGUCACCACCGGGACAGAGCGACGAUGGCAUCCCGCGUCUCCUUCACUCAGCUCCGGCUGGAAGCGGAGCUGGAGCGAUGCCGGGCCGAGUGCCAGUGGGAUAAGAUGCCGAAUAUCAUCGACCAGAUGCAGGCAGCGCGGAUCCACGAGGACGAUGAUUACGGGACAUUGCUGAUGGCUGAGGUGCUGCUGGAGGAGUGCCUGCAGGAAAACAUCGACCUAUUACGGAGCUCCACACCUUUGAUAGACAAGACACAGCCCAGACUGUGCCGGGCCAAAGGUCACCUCAACACCAUCCUGAGCCGAGGCCGUCUCACACCCAGGUACUUGAACGAGGCUCUGCUGCUGAUGGCCAAAGUGAACUAUGUGCAGGGUCGGUACCGGGAUGCCCAGGGAAUGUGUGCCAGGGUGGGACUGGAGGAGCUGACACAGGACGACCAACCGAUCUACCACCUCCGACUGCUGGCUGAGGCUUUUGUCAUUAAAGGUCUGUCUCUGGACCACCAGAUAGUUUCUGCGGUGUCUCGUGUCCGCCUGUCAGAGAGAGAGGAGGAGAGUCUGUCCUGUUACCUCAGGGCCUGUGAUGCAGCUCUGUCCUACCUGCAGGAGCUGGAUAAGAUAGUAACAACGCCCCACAGCAAGACAGCCAAAGCCAGUCUGCUUCCUCCACCUGCGGACAUCGACCUGGGAUACUUCCUACAGGCUGCUUUACAGAGCGCGUACUUAUGUCUGCUGCAGAGAGGUCAUCUGGCGCAGGGUGCUCACCAGUUGCGUAGGGUGCUCAGGGUGGUGGAGUCACGAGGGUCUCAGAGCUUCAGGAAGUCUGCAGCAAGGAAGCUAGCAGAGGUGCUGCUGAGCUCAGUGAGUGAGGACGGUUACUGGCCUCCACUGGGCCCCCCACCUUCAGCCUGGCUCCACAGAGAGGGAGCCGCCGCCUCCAAAGACGCCAUCUACCCCACUGUUAAACCACCGCAACGUUACAGCACUGAGAGUUGCUUCUGUCCCCAGGACGUGGUGGAAGAGGCUGUGCUGCUGCUGCUCAUCACAGAGUCAAUGGCCAGCGGGGAGGCGGUGAUCGGUCGUCUGCCAGACCAGACCGAGGCUCGCCAGGCCAGCCUGCAGGAUGCCACCUCCGUCUACGACCUGCUCACCAUCGGCAUGGCCAGGAGGGGGCAGUACGCCAUGCUGUCUGAGUGUCUGGAACGAGCCAUGAAGUUUUCAUUUAACGAGUUCCACCUCUGGCACCAGCUGGGCCUGUCACUCAUGGCGGCCGGGAAGGAUGUUGGUGCUGUAUCUGUAUUUAAAGAGUGUGCCAGGAUGAGACCAGAGGAUCCUUCAUUGCCCCUGUUGGCUGCUAAAGUCUGCAUUGGUCAACUGCACUGGUUCAAAGAGGCUGAGGCUCUGUCCCAUACUGUGGUGUCUAUGGGGGAGGAAGCUGGAGAAUUUCUGCCCAGGGCCUACCUGGCUGUGGGACUCUGCUGUAGUCUACAGGCCUCUGAUGCCACUCUGAAAGCAGAUCGGAAUGAAUUCAACAAAAAGGCGCUACAAGCUCUGAGCAGGGCUCAUUCAUUAGACCCCCAGGAUUCUCAGAUUGCUAUGUACCUGUCUCUACAGCUGGCUCUUGUGCGCCAGGUAUCGGCAGCCAUGGAGCCCCUCCAGGUGGCUUUGUCUCUCCAUGGAGAUGACUUGCACUGCCUCCACCUGCUGAUCCUGCUGCUCAGUGCUCAGAAACACCACCGCCAUGCCCUGGACACCCUGAGCCUGGCCCUCAGCCAGCACCCCGACAACUUCAAUUUGCUGUUCACAAAGGUUAAGCUUGAAGAGGCCCUGUUUGGCCCAGCUGCAGCCCUGCAGACCUGUGAGGAAAUGCUGCAACGCUGGCAAAGCCGCUAUGAUGUCAGCCGGUCCAAUGAGACAGAUGACAGCAGCAGUAUACCGGUGGCUGAGAGGCCAGAAGUCAGCCCUGGAGCCAGGAAACCCUCCAUCCACCUCACCCUGCCUGACUUCCAAGACGUCUCCACUGGUUCGCUGAACCCUUCCUCAAUUGCAGUGUCUCGUUUGGAAGCAGCACUCUCUGAAGUGUCAGACAUCAGCUCCUCCCGUCGCCAAGGACCCACCUACAUCUGGACGACCCUGGAACGCAUUUGGCUGCAGGCUGGGGAGUUGUUCAUGGUGGAUGGCCGGCUAAAGGAGGCCCAGUUUUGCAUAGCUGAGGCCAGCUCGCUCUUCCCCAACUCACACUCAGUGCGACUGCAGCAGGGCCGCCUAGCCGAGCUCCGGGGCCAACUGGACGAAGCCAAAAGCCUGUAUGACGAGGCCCUGGCCAUCCAUCCCACAGGAGAGCACAUACUGGUCCACAUGGGCCGGUUGCUGGUGAAAACCGGGCGUGUCCAUCUCGGCGAGAAGGUCCUGCGUGAUGCAGUUCAGGUCCACAGCACAUCCCACGAGGCAUGGAGCGGCCUGGGCGAGGCCCUGCAGUCUCGGGGCUCCAGCCAGGCCCCCGACUGCUUCUUGACCGCCCUGGAGCUGGAGGCGUCCUGCCCCGUCCGGCCCUUCACCAUCAUCCCCAGGGAGCUCUGAGGGGCUUGGGCUGAGGUGGAGGUCUUUGGUCAGGGUUAAGGAAUUGGCCUGUUGCUGGAUGAUUAUACACUGAUGCAAAUACAGUCAAAAGCAGUGCUGGAUGGAAAAAUUUAAUUUAAUGGGAAUGGGCAUUUUGGGUAACAGGCUUAUUCGCUUUCUUACUGAAAGUUAGAUGAGAAGAUUGAUACUGCACCGCUCUGAGAGAGUGGUAUCAAUCUUCUCAUCUGACUCAUGGCAAGAAAGUGAAUAAGUAUAUUUCCUAAAAUGUCAAACUGUUCCUUUAAUACAUACUUUUUCACUUCCAGUGAUAAUGACUGCUAAUGAUGACGAGUCGUGACUUUCAUUGUCAUUGUCUUAAAUAUCAGUCUAAUAUUUUCAAAAUGACUACACUGUAUCUGAACAUUCCAAGCCUCAAUUUUGAAUAUGCUCUCUCAAAUGAAAAAUAGCAAGUCAUUUUAUUUUCCCCUGGUGUUGAAUGAAAACAGAGACAAGAAUAUUGGUUAUCGAAUAUAACAGGGGUGAAAAGUAAAAAUGAUUGUAAGUAUUGUAACAACUGUGAGCACAUCUCCUAUGGAGUACAGCAGUAAUAUAACAAAUGACGAGCAAUAUUUUUAUUAAUCAGAAUCACUGGGUCAAUUCAAAGCUAAAUCUAUCUUUUGAGUAUAAAGCACUCAUUUUGUAAAGGGAGUGUUAUGUUCAUUCUCAAAAGAUAGACUUUGGGUUGUAUUGACCCAUUUAUAUCCAUUUAAUUAUUCAUAAUUUGCUAAGAUGUGCUGGUUACAUCUUGUGAUAGAAUGUAUGUUGUUGUGUUAUAAUGUGGAAAUGCAGAUUCAUAGAUUAUGUAUAGGCUGUCAGUCACAACAGCAGCUCAUCUUUAUUUUAACCUUUGAUGUAUUUUUGAUGAUCAUGUUGAUUGACACAGCUUUUAUGUACACGCACACACACAUACUCACACACACACACACACACACCCUAACACUCCCGCCCUCUCAUCUUCAAAUGAGAGCUCAUGUAUUUUCUAAGAGGGGCAUUCACAUAUCAUUCCACAUGUCAUUAUUGUGUAUGUGUGUGUCUAUGUGCAUGUGUUUUCGUACAGUAUGUCUUUACAUUACGUGUGUUAGUUUUAAAUGAUCCAUCUGGGGUGUUAUCAGUCCCUGUUCUGUUUGUACGAUACAGUAGGCGAUUCAUCCAUGUGUGCAUUGUGUUCUCUCUUUUUUUUGACUCAUCUGUUCGUAAUGCUCUCCAUUAUAAACAACAACAGCUUUUAAAAUCA